GAGCAGAUCCCGGAACGCCGGAGCGCGGCCGCGGGGGCCGGGCCGGACCGUGUUGCCGGCUUCUCCCCCUGCCCCGGAAGUCCCGCGCUCCCGGAAGUCGCGCUGCCCUCUCGGUCUCUUUCCGCCGCCAUCUUGGGCCCCGCUCCCCGCACAAAAUGCCCGGCGAAGCCACAGAAACCGUCCCGGCCACGGAGCAGGAGCUGCCGCAGCCGCAGGCGGAGACAGCUCCAGCUGCCCCCGUUGCUGCUCCCAUCCCUGCUCCAGCUGUUCUUCAUGCUGCUCAUUCCCCACCUCUGACUCCAUCUCCAUCCGCCCAGGCACAGCUGCCCAGCACUGCCCCGGCUCUGCCAGGCCCCCCAGGCCCCGUGUCCCCCCCCGUGGUCCCAGCUGCAGCCAUCCCCGUGUUCUCCAUGCCCCCCCAGCCCCCUGCCCCACCUCUGCUGGGCCCAGGCACCGCUGCCCCUCCUCCAGCUCCGCAGGCCCCCGUGGGUUUUGCAGCCCCAGGAUCUCCAGGGCCUGCCCCAGUUAGCCCAGUGUCCCCAGGAUUCCCAGCUCCAGUGUCACCUGGCCUGGCUGCUGCUUCUGCUGCAGUGACAGUGGCCCCUCUUGUCCCCCCGGUGAGCCCCAGUUCUCUCCCAGCUGCUCUCACCUCUCCCAUGAAAACUGCUCCUGCUGCAGCCUCUGUGGGAGCAGCCCCAGCCCCUCUCCCUGCCUCUGGAGCAGCCCCAGCCUCUCUCCCUGCCUCUGGAGCAGCUCCAGGAUCACCCCCAUUUCCCACAGUGUCUCCUGGAACUCCUGCUGUUCCAGCCUCUCCCCGAGCCCCAGCUCCAGCCCUGGUCGGUGCCAUCUCUCCCCCUGUCUUCCUGGCUGCCCCCAAAGCUCCCUUGUCACCCCCUAUCCCUCUGCUGGCAGCUGGGAUGUCCCCUGGGCAUCCUGCUGCUGGCCCAGCCCCUGGUGCCCCAGUCUCACCACUGCUCCCAGUUGUUCCUUCUGUUUCCAAGGCCUGUCCCCCAGCUGUGGGACAUCCUGUCCCUCCCUUGGUGACAAGGACCCCCCCUGGGAGCGCAGCCCCUCAGGCAGCAGGAGCUGCAGUGCCUCCUGCCCUGUCCACACCUGCACUGGGAGCUGCCAUCUCUGUCCCAGGGUCUCCAGUGAGCCCUGUGCUCCCAGCAGCAGCUCCUGUGCCUGCUGUCCCCUCUGCCAGCUGUCCCCCUGUCACUCUGGCCCUGGCAGCUCCAGCCACCCCUCCUGCAGCCAAAGCAGCUCCUCCAAGUCCAGCUGCUGCCCCUGUCACACCACCCAUGGCAGCUCCAGCUGCCCCUCCUGCUACCAAACCAGCUCCUGGGAGCCCAGUUACUGCCCCAGCUGCCCCCUCUGUCCCUGUCACACCACCCAUGGCACCUCUGGCCACCCCUGCUGUGGCUAAAACAUCUCCUGCUGUCCCUGUCUCACCACCUGUGGCAGCUCCAGCUGCCCCUCCUGCAGCCAAAGCAGCUCCUGGGAGCCCGGUCACUGUCCCCUGUGCCCCUGUCACACCACCCGUGGCACCUGUGGCCACCCCUCCUGUGGCCAAACCAGCUCCCCCGAGUUCAGCCACUGUCCCCUGUGCCCCUGUCACACCGGCCACUGCAGCUCCACCCUCUCCAGCUGCCCCUCCCUCAGCCAAAGAUGCUGCCAAGGGUUCUGUUGCUGCCUCAGCUGCCCCUCCAACUCCUCCCACCCCACCUGCAGCCAAAAGUGCCCCCAAGAGCCCUGGUGCUGCCACCCCAUCCCCUGCCACCCCAGCUCCUGCAGCUCCACCAGCUCCAGCUGCACCCCCAGCCGCCAAAACACCCCCAAAGAGCCCUGCCACAGCCACCCCAGCUCCAGCCGCCCCCCCUGAGGACAAGGCACCCCCAAAGAGCCCUGCCACAGCCACCCCAGCUCCAGCCGCCCCCCCUGAGGACAAGGCACCCCCAAAGAGCCCUGCCACAGCCACCCCAGCUCCAGCCGCCCCCCCUGAGGACAAGGCACCCCCAAAGAGCCCUGCCACAGCCACCCCAGCUCCAGCCGCCCCCCCUGAGGACAAGGCACCCCCAAAGAGCCCUGCCACAGCCACCCCAGCUCCAGCCGCCCCCCCUGAGGACAAGGCACCCCCAAAGAGCCCUGCCACAGCCACCCCAGCUCCAGCCGCCCCCCCUGAGGACAAGGCACCCCCAAAGAGCCCUGCCACAGCCACCCCAGCUCCAGCCGCCCCCCCUGAGGACAAGGCACCCCCAAAGAGCCCUGCCACAGCCACCCCAGCUCCAGCCGCCCCCCCUGAGGACAAGGCACCCCCAAAGAGCCCUGCCACAGCCACCCCAGCUCCAGCCGCCCCCCCUGAGGACAAGGCACCCCCAAAGAGCCCUGCCACAGCCACCCCAGCUCCAGCCGCCCCCCCUGAGGACAAGGCACCCCCAAAGAGCCCUGCCAAAGCCACCCCAGCUCCAGCUUCCCCUGGAGCAGCCAAAAAGUCUCCCAAAGGCAGCCCCAUCACUGCCUCCUCUAGUCCUGUGGCUCCAGCACCUUCAGCUGCCCCUGCUGAGGCCAAGGCACCCCCAAAGAGCCCUGACAAAGCCACCCCAACCCCUGCUGAGGCCAAAACACCCCCAAAGAGCCCUGACAAAGCCACCCCACCCUCUCCUGAGGUCAAGGCACCCCCAAAGAGCCCUGCCAAAGCCACCCCAGCUCCAGCCACCCCUGCUGAGGCCAAAACACCGCCGGCUCCUGCCCAAGUGCCUCCCAAGAGUCCUGCUACAGCCACCCCAGCUCCCAGUGCCCCUCCAGCUGCAAAAACACCCCCAAAGAGCCCUGCCAAAGCCCCCCCAGCUCCAGCAGCUCCUGCUGCAGCCAAAGGACCCUCAAAAAGCCCUGCUGAGGCCAAGGCACCCCCAAAGAGCCCUGUCAAGGCCACUCCUCCUCCAGCCACCCCUGCUGAUGCCAAGGCACCCCCAAAAAGCCCUGUCAAAGCCACUCCUCCUCCAGCCACCCCUGCUGCAGCCAAAGGAGCCUCAAAAAGCCCCGCUGAGGCCAAGGCACCCCCAAAAAGCCCUGUCAAAGCCACAGCAGCUCCAGCCACACCCCCAGCUCCUGCCCCAGCCACGGGCAUUUCUGGUGCCCCCCCAAAACCCCCAACCCCCGCCAAAAAGCAGCAGCAGCCCCUCCCCAAUAACAAGGUGGCCAAACCAGCCACUCGCCCCCCCUCGAAAGCCGCGCCCGGCGCUGACGACGAGGACCUGCCACCUCUGCUCCCCCCCGAGCCACCCGUGCUGCUGGAGCUGUCCCCCGCCACGGGGGUCCCGACCCCCCUGGCACCCGUCCUCAAGAAUGACAAGGGGUCUGGCACAGAGUCUGACAGCGAUGAAUCCGUACCAGAGCUCGAAGAGCAGGACUCCACACAGGCCACGACGCAGCAGGCACAGGUAGGGCAGGUGGCACACGGUGGAUCAGAGUCCCUGUGGUGUCACCCAGCAUUGUCAGGAGUCCCUGCGGUGUCACCCAGCAUUGUCAGGAGUCCCUGUGGUGUCACCCAGCAUUGUCAGGAGUCCCUGCGGUGUCACCCAGCAUUGUCAGGAGUCCCUGUGGUGUCACCCAGCAUUGUCAGGAGUCCCUGCGGUGUCACCCAGCAUUGUCAGGAGUCCCUGCGGUGUCACCCAGCAUUGUCAGGAGUCCCUGCGGUGUCACCCAGCAUUGUCAGGAGUCCCUGCGGUGUCACCCAGCAUUGUCAGGAGUCCCUGCGGUGUCACCCAGCAUUGUCAGGAGUCCCUGCGGUGUCACCCAGCAUUGUCAGGAGUCCCUGCGGUGUCACCCAGCAUUGUCAGGAGUCCCUGCGGUGUCACCCAGCAUUGUCAGGAGUCCCUGCGGUGUCACCCAGCAUUGUCAGGAGUCCCUGCGGUGUCACCCAGCAUUGUCAGGAGUCCCUGCGGUGUCACCCAUUGCAGUUGUAG